AUGAAAAGGGAGAAAGGCAGUCAUUUUAUGGUUCAAUCAGAGGUGAGGAUUAGAAAUUUCAAGCAUUAACCCAGAAAUCCUAGGGAUUCAAUGACAAUGAAACUUGAAGAAAAGUGUGGGGACAAUGGGAGCCUUGUAGGAAGGAAUCAGUCAUACCCAGGUGAGAAGCAUCAGCCAAAAGGAAAACCCAUAACAAAUGGGGAAGCUGAGUUCUAUGCAAAGCAGGAGGCAAAUAGGAAAUGCAGCGUGCCCAGGAAAAGCCUCAACAUGUACACCUGGCAGGAGAUCCAGAGGCAUAAUCAGGAGGCCGACCAAUGGCUGGUCAUCAAUCGCAAGGUUUACAAUGUCUCCAGCUGGGCAGACAGGCAUCCAGGUGGGCGCCGGGUCCUCAACCACUAUGCUGGGGAAGAUGCCACGGAUGUCUUCAGGGCCAUGCAUCCAGAGCCUGACAUUGUGCAGUUGUACCUGAAGCCACUGCUCAUUGGAGAACUUGCUCCAGGAGAGCAUAGCCAGGAAAGACACAAAAAUUCACAGUUGGUGAAAGAUUUCCAAGAAUUGCGGAGGAUCAUAGAGUCUUUGAACAUGUUCCACGCCAACCUGGGGUUCUUCUUUCUUCACUUUGCCCAGAUCUUAAUUUUGGAAGUGCUGGCGUGGCUAAUACUGUAUCAUUUUGGCAGUGGCUGGCCUGUUACUAUAUUCAUUUCCUUUCUUCUCACAAUUUCUCAGGCCCAGAGCUCAUUUUUGCAGCAUGACGUGGGGCACCUUUCCAUAUUUAAGAAGUCCAAGUGGAAUCACGUGAUGCAUAAAUUUGUGAUGUGCCAUCUCAAGGGCCUGUCAGCAAACUGGUGGAAUUACCGGCACUUUCAACACCACGUAAAGCCGAACAUCUACCCCAAAGACCCGGAUAUUGACAUGGGCCCACUUUUUCUGCUCGGAGAUUCACAACCUGUCAAGUACGGCAAGAAGAAAAUCAAAUACAUCAACUAUGAAAAGCAGCACCUGUACUUCUACAUGGUUGGGCUCCCACUCCUUAUGCCAGUAUAUUUCAACCUGCAAUCUAUGCAAGUGAUGUACCUUCGAAGAUACUGGGUGGACAUCGCCUGGGUUAGCAGCUUUUACAUCCGAUAUUUCAUCACAUUUGGCCCAUACUAUGGAAUCUUUGGGACCGUGUUGCUCAUCUAUUUGGUCAAGUUUCUUGAAAGUCCUUGGAUUGCAUAUGUUACCCAGAUGAGCCACAUACCAAUGAGAAUGAGCACAGAGGAGAACCGAGACUGGCUCAGCACUCAGGUCUUGGCCACCUGUAAUAUUGAACAGUCCUUUUUCAAUGACUGGUUCACUGGGCACCUGAACUUCCAAAUUGAGCACCAUCUGUUCCCCACAAUGCCACGCCAUAAUUAUCACAAAGUGGCGCCUCUGGUGAGGUCACUGUGUGCCAAGCAUGGAUUGCAGUAUGUGAAUAAACCCAUGUUGAGGGCGUUUGGAGAUAUUGUCAGAGCCUUGAAGAAAUCUGCAGCCCUCUGGGUGGAUGCUUACUAUGAAACAUGA